GUCCAGAACAGAUAGUGUUGCUUCUGGAGCUGCUGCUGGAGGAGGAGAAGAUGAGUGCAGGUGUGCUGCAGACCCUGGAGAGAACCUACAGCCUGAGGAUGCAGGACGCUGAGGUGAAGCAUCGCUGGUGUGAGCUGGUGGUCAAGCACAAGCACAGCGCAGCCUACAAGGAUGUGGAGGACUUCCUGAUUGACAACCAGGCCAUGGGUGUAUACCUGUACGGGGAGCUGAUGGUGCACGAGGACAGCCGUCAGCAGGCUCUAGCCCGGCGCUGCUUCUCUCUGACCCAGGAGCAUAUGGACCCAGCCGCCCUCUCGGUGGUGUCGGAGAUGAUCCUGUGACCUUCGACCUCAGACAGGGCCCCCUCGCCCCUCACACUCCACCACAGAUGGGCCUCCAGAGAUCCUCGCGGGGCAGGACCACGGAGAUGAAGCAACUUCUGUUGAACAACGGAGCUUCAUCCGACACACAGAGUCGCAUUUGUUCGGCGAGCUCAACAGCGGGGGAAAGAAAUCAUACUCACUGUGACAAGGACUCAAUUUCGAGAUUUAUUUUUAUAGCACUGUGACACAAAAACACUGUCUGAAUAAAUACAUUUUCUACAAAAACAAAAA